AUGGCACCGGGUGCCAAUAUUCUAUCCCUGAACGACGACAUCCUCGGGAUCGUCGUUGCAUGGCUUCCACAACGUGACGCCGCAAAGCUAGCGAUGACUUCCCGCGUCGUGGGCACAGCUGCGAGAAGACACUUUCUUUCUUCCCUACAGCUCACAGCGCCGGUCGCAAGCAUUCGGUUUCGCAAGUUCAUGCUCGAUGAGGAAGAUGGGUACCGUCUACAAUGUUUGCGGAAGCUCACCAUUCAUGAUUCGAAUGUCCUGUACGAGCCUCCCGACGGCUACACCCCGCUUGCCGACGUCCUCGAACGGGCGCGGAACCUGCAGACUCUCGUGCCAGUUACGUCUGUCGAAGAACAUCUGGCCGACCCCAAUGGAUAUAUACUCGGCGAUGCCAUCGCGUCUCUCCGUGAUCUGCGCGAACUCGACCUGCGGAGUGUCGACGAGGAAGGCCUAGACCAGCCCUCUCCGGCAUAUUCAUACAUAAUAUACUGGUACGUGGCGUGCACACGCAAUACAUAG